GGACAGAGAAGGUCUCAGGCUGGGGGGUCCCGAGGAGUUUCCAAGUCUCUCCCUUCUGAGCAGCGAUGGGGGCAGGUCGGAUCCUGGAGGCCGGGGCUCUGCUAGUGACACUGAUGGUGCUGAGAACCCACCUGGCUCAUUGCACGGAGCCCGAAGGGCGGUUCCUGCUCCAGGCGAAGCACGAGUGUCACUUCACCAACGGCACCGAGCGGGUCCGGUACCUGCACCGCUACAUCUGGGACCGGCAGGAGUUCGUGCACUUCGACAGCGACCUGGGGGUGUUCGAGGCGGACACGGAGCUGGGGCGGCCCGACGCCGAGUACUGGAACAGCCGGCCCGAGAUCCUGGCGGACGCGCGGGCUGCGGCGGACCGGUUCUGCCGGCACAACUACGGGGUGGAGAAACCUUUCACCAUCGACCGGAGAGUUCAGCCUGAGGUGACAGUUUUCCCCACGAAAUCGGAGUCCCAGCCCCACUCCCACCUGCUGGUUUGCUCCGUGGCGGGGUUUUACCCCGGGGGGAUCGAGAUCAAGUGGCUGAAGAACGGGCAGGAGCAGACGGCCGGGGUGGUGUCCACGGAGCUGCUCCAGAACGGAGACUGGACCUUCCAGAUCCUGGUGAUGCUGGAGAUGAGCCCCCAGCGCGGGGACGUCUACACCUGCCAGGUGGAGCACAUCAGCCUGCGGGACCCCAUUGCCGUGCACUGGGAGGCGCAGUCUGACUCCGCCAGGAGCAAGAUGCUGACGGGGGUCGGGGGCUUCGUGCUGGGGCUGAUCUUCCUGGCGCCCGGACUCCUCAUCUACCUGAAGAAUAAGAAAGGGCGCCCCAUUCCCCAACCUGCAGGGCUCCUGAGUUAGAUCCUGGGCGUCAGAUCCCCCGGCCGGCAGGAGUUUCCAUCCGUCUCCCCAGCACCUCACCCAGCCCGGAGAAUGCAGAACCUGGGGCCGGUCCCUUCCUGUCCCCAUCUGCUCCCUGCGCUCUGCCCGGCUCCAGCCCGCACUGCCCCCGCCUGGGGACCCGUCCCUGCCCCUCGGUCCCAGCAAGACCCUGGGGCGACCCUGUCACGCUGUUGAGUGGGUUACGAGUGUGGGGACCAAUCUCAGGGCACAGUACCUAGGGCACCAACCCCAAAUUGGCUGAGUUCUGUACUGAGUUUUAACCAUAGUAUCAAGUGUGAACUCCACAGGCCCUGUAACAAUGUAUCCGCGGAGUCACAGACAGUCCGCUUGGGCUCAGAUCUGUCUGGCCAUCCCGGCCAGCCUGCCCUUGUGAUUGAUUGAUCGUCCCUUCCACCGCAAAUCACAGUGACAUUCGGUCACUCCCUGUCCCAAAGGAGCAGUCGCUCACCCCAGGGCAGCGGCACCUUCGAUCUCACUGCACAGACAACGCUUGCAGCCAACCCUGUAAUAACCUCAGUAAAGAUUUGUUAAUGAAGA